UCAAAUUUUAAAAUUUUGCAUUAGAUUCGCGUGCAUUAUACCUGGGAAGUGGUUCUUGACCGGACAUUUUAUGAGAUAGUUGAAAAUCCAGCGGUUUGGGCAAAUCUAACUUGCCGUGUGUUUCAUGACUGCCGUUCUGGGAACUGGAAACCAUCUUCACAAGCCAUUACAUUUUUUCUUGAAUGUGUGAACCGAGUACUUAGUACUAGUACUUGAUUUGGAAGUUCGUUUCUGGGCAGCAGUCGUCAGUUUACAACCUUCUACAACAUGUUGAGCUCGAAAACAUUUGUUGCUAAAGUUUUGAGCAUGCGAAGGACAGAGCGUCUUAUUCAGCAGUUUCUCCGCACUGCGUACGAAAGGCAAGCAUGUCCAGUACCGAUGUCAACGGAGACCAUUCGCAGACACCUGAAUACGACAGCACAUUUGCAUGGGACGGGUUUUACGAAGUCUCAUUCCAAAGCGGCGCACCAGCUCUACAAGUACCGCUUAAAAGCCGGUCCCGAACCCCUUCGCCAUCGCAGUAUUUGGCAAAACUGGAACUAUGAUGCGGAAAUCUACGCGUUUGGACAGCGCUUAGGGGAGAAUUUCUCCACUGAAACGCUGCGGUUGGCGUUCAUGCAUCCUUCCUAUCAGGAACAGGAAAUGGCAAAGCGACGCGAACUGAUGAUUGACGAGCAAAUACAAAUAGGUUCCAUUGCCCAUCAUACUGCCCUUAAAGAUGCAGGGAUGGAAUUGAUGCACAGUUAUAUCCCGAGCUUCUUGAGAUACAAUUAUCCAUUUUUUCCUGAAGAAGGCAUUAAGGGAUUGACCAAUUUUUUAUGUUCGGAUGAUGUUCUGGCUGAAAUCUCGUUUUUCCUUGGUACAAGCGAUUUGAUUAUGUGUGCGGACUUUCCUCCGGAAAGAUCAACCCUGGUGGACACUUUGUACGCCAUUGUCGGUGCUUUGGCCAAAGAUUCCGGUGUGGAACGCGCCGAAUAUUUCGUUUUAGAUUUUGUUAUUACUCAUUUGGCUGAUAAGGAUGUUAACGAACAUCUCCCCAUAACAAACCCUAUGGGUGUUAUUGCGGACAUUCUUGAACGGGAAGGCAAAGCGGAGCCUGAAUCGCGACUUCUGCGGAAGACGGGUGAAAGUACUUUGAUGGCUGCCUACCUUGUCGGAGUGUACAGCGAUAAAAAGCUCAUCGGAGAGAGUUUUGGAGAAACUCUCCUGAUUGCGGAAGAAAUGGCUGCACGUGAUGCACUGAUCCGUAUGUUCAAAACCGAUUUGAAACAGCGACCAUUGUUGUGGGGACAGGCCGGACGAAAUCUUCCUUUGCAACAUUUCUAUAAUGUGCCUAAUGUUUCUCUCAGUGAUUGGUCCACUGCAUCUUGUGGAGAGAAUUUUCAGAGGCGUAUAAGCUCAGAGGCAGCCAAAGCUGGGAAGCAGAAGAAACAAGUUGUACAGUGAUCUUAUUUAGUUUGCAUUGACAUUUCCUGUGGUAAGGAAUUUAUUGUCAUUUCUGGUUGACAGUGGUUGUAAAGCUACUUGAAACGGGCACUGUAUAUGGUUCCCACUGUGCAUUAGUACUUGGGAAAGCAAAAAAGAAUUGCUGCAGUCCA